AUGUUUGAAGACUUUGAUCUCGAAUCUCUCGUCAAUUUGGAGCAAUCUUUUUACGAUGCAGGCUACAGCGAUGGUUUUACGCAUGGUCGAAUUCACGGGCUCAUCGAAGGACGGGCCCUUGGCCGCGAGAAGGGCUUCGAAAUGUGGGAAGAGCUCGGUUAUUAUGAAGGGUUUGCCCUAAUGUGGCAGGCGGUAUAUGCUAGCCAAGGCAAGGAAGACGAUCGAGCUCUCCACCAUAUCAAGCAUCUCCUAGCGCUGAUAUCCCAAUUCCCUCGCGUCAACCCUUCGUCUUCCCAUGCCUCGUCUGAUCUCGAUAUCCCGAAGCUUUUUAGGCAAAUUCGUUCGAGAUACAAGGCACUGUGCUCGUCACUCGGUGUCAGGCCCAGUUUGCGCGCUUCCGGCGAUGCCCAACAUAAAGAGCAAACUCUAGAAGAUGAGCUUGAUGAUGCAGCAAUUUCGAAACCUAAAAAAUCUGUCUGGAAUCUUGAACGCGGCCCAGAUUCGGAGUUGGAAGGAAUGAGUUUCUGA